UAAAUAGGUGGAAAUUCAUGUUAUCUUCGUUAGGUGAAAUAUUCAUUAGAAUGACAGGAACAUAUUUUUAUAUGUUAUAUUCAAUCGUAUACUGAAUAAUUGAAUUAGAAGGUGACUAUCUUCUAGUUUGAUAUACAAUGUACAUUCAAAGACUUUGAAAAACUUGAAUCACGUUUUAGAAAUUGAAGAUUCAUUUUAAAAUAGCAGCUUUUUAGCUGUAAUAUAUAAUACAGUUAAGUUCACAUCUUGGAUAUUUACAGAAACAGAGAUAAAAGUUUGAGAAAUGAAUGCAGAUUAUGUUUGGAAGUUGUCCAAAUUCGGUCGUCUUACAUCUACUCGAUUACGAUAUGAUGACGACUUCUCAGAUCGAUUGAAUUAUCAAUUCACUGGACUUUUAUUGUUUGUAUUCAUUGGAAUUAUAGGCAUUAGACAGUAUGUUGGCAAACCAAUACAGUGUUGGACACCACAAGAAUUUACUAGAGCCUGGGAAGAAUACGCAGAGAAUUACUGCUGGGUGGCCAGUACGUAUUUUAUACACUUAAGUAGAUAUCCUCAGUCAAAUGUUUUAAUGUCACAAACAAAUUUUAUGCCUGGCGGUUACAUAGACACUAAUGGCCAACGUGUAUUACAACCAUAUUCAAUAUUUCCAACAUUUCCAAAAACAAAAGCUGGUGAAUUGCCAGGUGAUGGUAGAUUAAUUAGUUAUUACCAGUGGGCGCCAAUUCUACUGGCUGUACAGUCAUUUUUAUUUUACUUACCAUGCCUUGUCUGGAGAUUAUUCGCAUCACAAUCUGGAUUCCAGGUGAAAAGAAUAAUGCAGUUCGCUUCAGAAGCAGCCCAGGCAGCACCAGCUGAAGCAGACGCUCCGUGUCAGCCACAGAACCAGUCAGCUCCAGGCGAUCAGGCAAUUCAGGGUCGAAAACGAACCUCCGCAAACUUAGUAAACACUUCAGGAUUUUCAAAUCCAUCAGCUGUCCCUAGUUUUUCUGCUACUAAAUCCGUCAGAACUUUGGCUCGCUAUCUGGACAUGUGUUUCAUGAGACAACGUGAACUUCGUCGAGCUAUUUUAUUCACACCUAAUUUUAGACCGGAGAAAAAUGUUAGUAGUUUCCCUAUGAAGAGUGUUCAAGAUCGGUGUGAGUUUUACUUACCAGAAACAGAAAGUGGAGUUUUCAAACAGGAGCACACACAGUCGAACCGUGUUAGAAGUGUUUGUUCAGGUAAAGUUGUAUCAGAACAGGCCACAGAAAUUUCUGAAGAAGGACAAUAUUCAGAGAGUCAGCAAUCACAAAAACCUUCAAAAACAUUCUGCUUCCAAAUCUUCCGUUAUAUGUGUGCUCUAUGUAAAAGACGUCAAUCAAAAUCAAGUUAUUGUCGGUACAGCGAUACGCAAUCGAAAAUAUCUCCACAGACAUGUGUUUCCCAUGGUUCAUACAGAGGCUCAAUGCCAAAUAGUUAUUAUCCUAACCAGAAAUCAUUCGUAGACGCCUCACAAACUGGAAGUGAAAUGUUAAUUGAUGAGCCUUUACCUGCUUCAGGUAGUUUUUGUUCAUGCUGGAAAACAAAUCCAAAGAAGAAUUCAUCAACAGCUCAUACCACUCAUGUACCACCGUGUAAAUAUCAAGGCAACUUUCUUGUUCGUUUAUAUAUGCUAGUGAAGUUUCUAUAUUUAUUCAAUAUUAUUGGCCAAAUUUUUCUCCUGGAGUUCUAUACUGGAGUAGAAUACAAUUUUUACGGUAUCAGAGUGCUGUAUGAUUUAGCUAGAGGAAGACAGUGGGAAGAGUCUGGUCACUUUCCCAGAGUGACAUUCUGCGAUUUCGAGGCAAAAAAACUUGCUCAAAGUCAUUAUUACACCUUACAAUGCGUGCUUCCAAUCAACAUGUUCUUGGAGAAGAUAUACAUCUUUUUGUGGCUUUGGUUUUUCAUGGUUGGUAUUGUGACGUUUUGCAGUAUUAUAAUAUGGAUCAGACGAAUGGGUACAAAAACAGUGAGAUUCAUGUGGAUUCAGCAGCAGCUGAUAACUAUACGCCAGUAUAAUAAAGAUACAAAGGGUUUUGCACAGUUUGUUGACAAUCACUUGGGUCCAGAUGGAGUGUUUUUGUUGAGACUGAUCGCUCAGAAUUACGGAGAUUUAGUGGCAGGCGAUACUGUGGGUGAACUGUGGGUGGCUUACUGGCAGAGAAGGUCAACGAGCUCAUCAGACCACAGACGAACAGAAAGUAACUCACGAGUAGCACCUUCGUCAAUAACAACAUUCAAUAAAUUCGAUCGGCCUAUUUCACCUGAUAUUUAUACUAGGAAUCCUUCUGCAAGAAACCAGCCAUAUGGUACAUACCAAAUGCCUACAGCUUUAACGAGAGGUCAGACAGAAAGCAAAUCUUCCAAGCAAACUAAAAAGGAGAAGUCGCGCCGUAAUGCUGUUGCAUCAGGAUUUCCGACUGCGAUGUUAGCCACUGAAAUGGUGCAUCCUGUAGAUCGCUUUGGUGUCCCUUUGAUAACAGCCACUCGAAAACCUCCGUCUGUGCCUUCUCGAUCAUCAUCAAGAUAUAGUCAAAGAAGCAGAUCCAGAGAACGAUCAGAAUCGCCCCCACCUAUACCUCAAAGAUCACCUGGAUGUGAAAAUUAUAGUUUUAGUGAUAGACAGUCAUUAAGAGACUUUAGUCAUCAAAGCGAAAAUUCGUCUGUUAUUUAUCCAAUAUCACCUGCUGGACCAGAAGAAGGUGAAAGUGUUGACAACCAGAAUGAUGGUGUUGCUGAAACUCAACAAUUAAAUGAACCUCAGGAGACAUUUGAAUAUGAAGAUCCACAAGGAAAUAUUUACUCAGAAAAUCUUGAUAAUGGAUGUACUGAUGACGUUCAGAAUGAUGACAAUAUCGUUUGAAUAUCAAUUUUUUGAAUUUUAUGAAACAUCUUUUUUUUACUCAAACCCAUGAUCUGUCUUUCAGUUUACUUCAGGUGAAAUAUCCUUAGAAAAAGUGUACACUAACUCGUUCUUCGAUAUUUGUGCAUUGUUAUACAUCAUGUGAAAUAUUUUUAUUGAUCUAAAAUAGGCAUGAUAACUACUAUUGGGGAGAUAAUAUAUAAAUGAAGUAUUUCUGUUCAGUGAUUUAUCCUUCUGUAUAAUAAAUUCCUCGUGUUAAAUACUGGUGCACCAAAUUGUUAACUGGCUUUUCAUUUUAC